AUCUAGGUAACUGUAAUAUAAUUCAGUUCUACUGCACAAGCAUGGCUUAUCAUGUUAUUAUAGACAGUUUUAGAUGUAAAUUUGUUCAAGGGUUGAUCGCGUAAUCGGGUUUCCUGCGGUCGGAUAAUAUUUUUGAUCAUGGCGAAGGUAUUAAAGAAGACGACAGGAUUAACGGGAAUUGCCGUAUCAAAAGAUCCGAAAUUUGAACUAGAUAAACUUUACAGAAGAAUUUUAAAGGUGUUGUCAACUUUACCGCAAGAGUCAGCUUAUAAGAGAAAUACCGAGAAACUUAUCCGAGAGAAACACGAAGUCAUUCAGCAGACCAACGACGUGGCUGUUAUAGAAGAAAAGAUAGGCUGCGGUCAAGCCGAAGAAGUUAUAAUUCAAGCAAAGAAUGAAUUGGCUCUGGUAGAACAAAUGUCAAAGUUUAGGCCAUGGGAAAGGUUGAUAGAAGAACCUCCGGAGAAUCAAUGGACGUGGCCUCCUCAUAAAUAAUUUUAAUUUUGUCACAGAAACUUGAACAUGGUACUAAACGAGCAAAUUGUUGUUUGUUUAGACAAUACCAUAGAUUAAAAUAUACAUUGUAGUUUCUAUCGUUUAUUUAAUUGUAUCCGCUUAACGGUACCCCGUAAUAGAAAAUAAAUCUAGAGUUUGUUAAUGGA